UCACUCCGCCCCCUAUUAGCCUUGGAUUUUGUGGGAUGGGUCAUGAAGUUUUACAGUGCCACACUUAUCCUACAAUAAAGACAGAAGCCGUCUUGUAUUUCAGUGCAGUGGUGUGUCAGAGGCAGGAACAGAGCAGCAGCCAUGGAUGACGUAUAUAAAGCAGCGGUUGAAAACUUGACAGAGGAGCAAAAAAAUGAGUUCAAGGCUGCAUUUGACAUCUUCAUUCAGGAUGCUGAGGAUGGCUGUAUCAGCACUAAAGAGUUGGGGAAGGUGAUGAGAAUGCUGGGGCAGAAUCCCACACCUGAAGAGUUACAGGAGAUGAUUGAUGAGGUAGAUGAGGAUGGCAGUGGCACAGUAGACUUUGAUGAGUUCUUGGUUAUGAUGGUUCGCUGUAUGAAGGAGGAGAGCAAAGGAAAAUCAGAGGAGGAGUUGGCCGAACUUUUCCGCAUGUUUGAUAAGAAUGGAGAUGGUUACAUAGACUUAGAAGAACUCAAGAGUAUGCUGGAGUCCACUGGCGAGGCCAUCACUGAAGAUGACAUUGAAGAGUUGAUGAAGGAUGGAGACAAAAACAACGAUGGCAAAAUUGAUUAUGACGAAUUCCUGGAGUUCAUGAAAGGUGUUGAAUAAAGGAUUCUGCUAGCAGCCCCA